UUGUCAUCAUUAGAUCCGUUCUGUAGACUUCUUAUUUCAAAACUUAUUUCGCACGGCUGUUUCAAUCGCCCCAAACGACAUCAAAGUUUUCCCUAGCCUUGGGAGGAAGACGAGACCCGAUGCCCACACGGUUUCGUAGAAGAGAAACCCUGGGUAUGGAAAGUUCUUGAAGGGAAAAACCCUUCAUUGUCCCGUUUCCUUUUUCUUCAGCUCCUCGAAUCACUAAUCCAUGGAGGAGAACGUUAUUGCCGAUUCCUUUUCGCCACUGAUUGAACCAUUAUCUAACUCCGACUUAUUCUAUUCGGAUCUCUUACCGGAAGAUCACUGCCUCCUUCAAGGAAGCUUCACGUCCGACCUUGAUCUCGAUCUCGGCCUCCAUGACAUCAAUUGGGAUGUCUCCGUCGACGAUCUUCUCCUUACCGAUUGUCCCGGGGAGCUUUCCGAUCCUUUUCGUCAAUCCUGCGAUGGAUCGCCGCCGCCAGACUCAGGCAUAUCGUCCUCCUCCCCUGUCACCGGAGAUGCAUCGGGUAACAUGAACGUGAGGUCCCCAGAAUCAGGCCACUCCGCCAACUUCCCGGCGAACUCUGCUGGGGAAGAGAAGCAGGAGGUGAAGAGCGAGUGGGGGAUCAAAAGGAGAAAAGAGCGGGAAGAAGGAACUGCUAAUUCUGCGCUUGAACCUAGGAGCAGCAAGUUCCGACGGGCAGAGGAGAUGAACUCUUGUGUCUUUAGCGCUGGGAGUGAGGACGAUGAGAAGAGGACUGCGAGACUUAUGCGAAACAGGGAAAGCGCCCAGUUGUCGAGGCAAAGGAAGAAGCACUAUGUGGAGGAGCUGGAGGAGAAGGUUCGGUCCAUGCAUUCUACAAUUGCUGAAUUGAACAACAAGAUAUCAUUUUUCAUGACUGAAAAUGCAAGUCUAAAGCAAAAAUUGGGUGGAAAUGGAAGUGGCGGCCCUCAGCCUGGUGUUUGCGUUCCGCCUGGUGUUACUCCCAUGCAUUUCCCGUGGAUUCCUUUUCCAGGUAUUGCAUUUAGGCCUCAGGGUUCUCCUAUUCCAUUGGUUCCUAUACCUAAAUUAAAGCUUCAGCAGCCUGCAAAUGCUGGAAAGGUUAUCAAAUCCAAAAACAAGAAGGGUGGAGGUAAGACUAAGAAGGUAGCAAGCAUUAGUCUUUUGGGAUUUCUAUUUGUGAUGCUGAUUUACAGAGGUUUAGUAGCAAGGAUAGAUUUUAGUUUUGAAGGAAGUAGCAAUCUUGCUGGAUUAGACCAAGGUAGAAACGGGUAUUUUGGCGAUUCUAAUGGUAGGGUUCUGCGAGUUAGUGGUCUUACGAGUAGCUUGAACUAUUCUAACGAAGUUGAGUUGAAUAAUGCAAAAGGUUCAGGACAAGAGAGUCUUAAUAAAAUGACAAAUAGAAGUUUUCAUGGUGGACAGAUGAGAUCAGAAGAGAAGCCACUGCCUUUUGAUGAUCAUUCAUAUUCCCAGAACUCUAGUGAGACUCUGCCUGCUUUUCUGUAUGUUUCAAGAAAUGGUAAGCAUGUGAAGAUUAAUGGGAAUUUAAUAAUCAAUUCUGUUUUGGCUAGUGAGAAAGCAGUUGCUCAAGCUAAGUUUAGAAAUCAGGCUGUGAAAUCUGCUACAAAUGAGGACAAAGAAACAGGCUUCGAGGUUCCUGGAAAUCUGGCUUCUGCACUAGCUUUAUCAAAAUCCGCUAAUGGUAUUAAUAGACCUUCCAAGUCCCAUGGGAGCUCAGCUGAACAUCAGCGAGCUAUUGCUUCUGAUUCUGAAGAUGUAUCGAAUGACAAAACACUGGAUGGUCCUCUGCAACAAUGGUUCCGGGAAGGACUAGCAGGUCCAAUAUUCAGUUCUGGAACUUGCACUGAAGUCUUCCAGUUUGAAAUUUCCCCAACUUCAGUUGAACAGAGUGGCAUCAUCCCUGCUUCCUCAGCAGCUAAUUCAACUAAAUCCUCCAGUAUCAACACAACUGAAAACCUCCCUGGAUCUUCAAAUCCAGAAAAAAAGAACAGAAGGUUUCUCUAUCCAAGAGCCAUUCCACUUACUGGAUCUACUCUAAACAACUCUGAACACUUGAGUAAGACACCAGAGAGCAAUAGCUUCCCUUCUAAUACCUCGGCAACUUCCAUGGUUGUCUCCAUCUUGGUGGAUCCUAGAGAAGCCGGUGACGGUGAUAUCGAAGAGAUAAUCUCAACGAAAAAAUCGAUUUCUCGAAUAUUUGUAGUGGUGCUUCUUGAUAGUGUUAAGUAUGUCACUUAUUCAUGUGUCCUUCCAUUUAUGAGCCCUGGUCCUCAUCUUGUAAACUAACUGCUUAGAUGCAGGAGAAAAGAUGGUGGAAGAAAUGAGGCUUUCUUUUGCUUGAAAUGACCAUUAGGUAUGUUAACCCUUCCCUUUUAUCUUUUUCUUUUCCCCUUCCUAAGCUUGUCAAAGCCAUGUUUUAGUCAAGUUUUGGUAAGAUAUUAGCCAGGUUUUGGUUGAAUUUUCUUCUUUAAUAUUUAAUGAAGAGUUGUCUGAAAGGUUAUAAGUUAA